AUGGCGUCUGCCGAGCUAAGAGAGGAGCUGGACUGUUCCAUCUGUCUGAAUAUUUAUACAGACCCUGCAACACUGAGAUGUGGACACAACUUCUGCCGAGUCUGUAUUGAUCAUGUGCUGGAUACACAGGAGGUGUCUGGAGUUUAUUCCUGUCCUGAAUGCAGAGAAGAGUAUAUGGAGCGGCCUAACCUGACAAAGAACAGGAAACUGGGUAACAUAACGAGGCACUUCUUAUCUGCUCAGCCUAAGAAAGAGGAGGUUUUGUGUACGUACUGUAUUCACUCUUCAGUGCCUGCUGUGAAAUCCUGUCUGAUGUGUGAGGCUUCUCUGUGUGACAGUCACCUGCGGGUACACAGCAAGUCAGCAGAACAUGGAAUAACUAAACCCAUCAGUAAUUUUGGCAAAGUAAAAUGUGCUGUCCACAAUAAAAUGUACAUGUAUUACUGCUUUGAAGACGCUGCCUGCUUGUGUGCGCUUUGCUACCUAUCCCCAGAGCACAGGGGACACGAAGUGAAGCUGCUAAGUGAGUCUUCUGACCGCAGAAAGGAAAAGCUGAAGAAAAUUAUGGAUAAACUGAAAGUAAACAGAAAGAAGACUGAGGAGAAAAUUCAGAGGUUGCAGCUGCCCAAGAAGAAACUGCAAGAUAAAACCACUGGCAUAAAACAGAGAGUCAGAGCCCUCUUUAAGGACAUCAGGAAACAGUUAGAUGACUUAGAGAAGAGGGUGUUGGGGGAGAUUUCCGCGCAGGAAAAGCAGGCUAUGUUCAAAAUCAGCGAUCUGAUCCAGCAGCUGGAAAUAAAGAGAGAUGAGCUGUCCAGAAAGAUGAGUCACAUUGAGGAGACGUGUAACUCCACAGAUUCAGUAACCGUCUUACAAGAGCCAGAAACAGGGGACUUGUGUGACACUGAUGAUGAGGACAAAGAGCAAGAUGAUAAAAGGAUCCAAGAAAUAGGAGACCUGGAUGAGGAACAUAUCUCAAUGACGUUGCAUGCAGAAUUAUCCGAUAUUAUGAUCAAUGUAAAGAAAGAGAUCUGCAUCAAAGAUGUCGCAGAUAUAUUACUGGAUUUAAACACAGCUGCAAAUAAUGUAUAUAUAUCGGAUGACUUAAAGACUGCUUCUUGGUUAGUAAAUCAGGGUCGCCCCAAAACACCACAAAGAUUCCAGUAUCAUCAGGUUUUAAGUACAAAGAGUUUCAACUCUGGACGACUUUACUGGGAAGUGGAGACCAGUGGGUCAGGGAACUGGAUGACUCUUGUCUUGCCUGAUGAACAGUUGCCUGCAAGGGUGCUCAUAGUGACCCUUGGAGAGACAUUUCCCUUCUUCCUGCAUUUGUUUCCAUCUCGGGUAAAGAUCUCUAAAUCUAAGAAACAAAAGAGAAAGGAUCACACAGACUGGCUCACUCGUGAUGUUCUGGUAGGGCAAAAGGUGGUUCCCCGUAACAAUACUGCUCAUAAUGUGCAUAUACUAAAUGCUGAUGUUCCUGCCAUGUUUAUGUAA